ACAACACGGAGCCAUGCAAAGUUGCCGUUUCCAGCGAGGCCAACCUCUCUGUUCAGUCGUUUGAGGUAAAACGCUUUUCAGUGUCUUCACGAAGCCACCUUUUCUUCUUCUCUUCUCCUCUCUUCGACCAACUCAACAGGGUCUUUUUCUUUUCAACCUCAAACUCUGUCUUUCUAAUCUCUGCUCGAGUUUGAGUUGGGCAUGUCCAAUGGGUCGAGGGAAGAUCGAGAUCAAAAGAAUCGACAAUGCCAGCAGCAGGCAAGUCACCUUCUCCAAGCGCAGAACAGGCUUGUUCAAAAAGGCUCAAGAACUCUCCAUUCUCUGUGACUCCGAGGUUGCCGUCAUAGUUUUUUCCAACACUGGCAAGCUCUUUGAGUUUUCCAGUUCAGGAAUGAUGCGAACACUUUCAAGAUACAACAAAUGUCUUGGUUCUACGGAUGCUACUGCUGUAGCAGAAAUUAAAACACAGAAGGAAGAUUCUAAGAUGGUGGACAUUCUAAGAGAAGAAAUUUCAAAGUUAGAAUCAAAGCAAUUACAGUUAUUGGGUAAGGAUCUGACAGGAUUGGGAAUAAAAGAAUUGCAAAAUAUAGAGCAGCAACUCAGUGAGGGGUUAUUGUCUGUAAAGGCAAAAAAGGAGGAAUUACUUAUGGAGCAGCUGGAGCAAUCUAGAGUUCAGGAACAGCGGGUCAUGUUGGAGAAUGAAACUUUGCGCAGACAGAUUGAGGAGCUUCGCUGUCUGUUUCCACAAACAGAAGCAAUGGUUCCAUUUCAGUAUCAACGUCCUGAAAGAAAGAACACUUUUGUAAAUACCGGUGCCAGAUGUCUCAACUUGGCCAAUAACUGUGGAAAUGAGAAAGGAAGUUCAGACACAGUAUUUCAUUUGGGGUUGCCUGCUGGUGUUCAAGAGGAAGGGCCCCAAGAAAGAAAUCUUUUCAAAUAACUUUUCAGAGUUCUGAUUUUCUUAUUUCAACAGGGAAAAUAGAAUUUCAGACAUUUAUUGCAGUUGUAGUUAUGUACAAUAUAGAUUAGGGAGAAAGGUUAUGACUAAAAGUGACCCUCAAGUUAUAAAUUGGAAUUUGGCUCUUUUAGAAUAUGCAGAUUGACCAUUUUUAUCAAAUUGUGGCCUAAUUAACAAUGAUUGUGAAAGGUCUAUUGAAGACACUGUUUUGUUUUUU